UUCGCAAAGCGUACAGCCUCUGGACUUUAGCACACGGUAACUACAGUCAGCGUCCCGUCGUAGAACGUCUGGAAAGAAAACUUAGAAGUUCCCUUCACCACUUUUUCUUUUUAUUGUUCUACUUGCCAUUUAGAAAUUUGGUCAAAGAGAAUGCGACAUAGCAAGUAAUAUUUUGUAAAGAUAUCUAAGACGGUCUUGCGCUUUUUAAGAGAUUUCGAAGUCUCCCCGUUUUGUUGUUGUUUCACUUUUUUGUAUCGUGGAUUUUUAUGCACCUCACCACAUCUCAGACGAAGAAAGGACUGUUGAACGGACUUAUUUCUGACAGUCUUAAAGUGUGGCCGUUUUAACCUGAGUUUGUAGAGGUAGCCUGUUUCGUUCGAAGCUGAAACGCGUCAAAGAACUACAUGGACACGAAAACUCAAGUUAGUUAGCGAUAGCUAGGUUAGUCAACUAACUUGCUAGCUAACUUUUUAUUGUGCUGAACUGGCGAAGUGAAAACAAAUCAUCGAACAAGAUAUACACCCAUCUCCAUGAGGAAAUCCAACGUGGGAUUGGGAUUUUUGUUGCAGUGAAAUCUUAAGCAAAGCGCUUUUCAUCCCUUGGCAUUGUACUGAUAAACCGGGACUUCCAUCAUGGCAAUGAAGUCGACUGUUGCGCUUUCAGUACUUUACAUUUUGGCCGUGAUUUUUGUGUCGGCGAAGGCAGAGUCGAAGACGAAGAGCUGCAAUGAUGUGAAAGAAGCUUACAGUUCUAAGGGUUUCAAUGUCAACGAUGUUCCUAACAAAGGGGUUCACGGUGCUCAUCUGAAGGUGUGUCCCCAGGGCUACUCCUGCUGCACGCUGGAGAUGGAGGAGAAGCUCAGCCAGCAGAGCCGCUCCGACCUCAAGGAGCCCGUCAACCGCCUCAGCUCCAGCAUGCAGAGCACCUUCACCCAGAGGCACCGCCACUUUGACCAGUUCUUCCGUGAGCUGCUGGACAACGCCGAGGGCUCGCUGCACGACAUGUUCGUGCGCACGUACGGCCAGAUGUACAUGAAGAACGCCGAGCUCUUCAAGCGCUUCUUCCAGCAGCUGCGGCGCUACUACGCGCAGGGCGGCGCCGCCGUCAACCUGGACUCCAUGCUGGCCGAGUUCUGGGCCGAGCUGCUGGAGCGCAUGUUCCAGCUGGUCAACGUGCAGUACGAGUUCACCGACGGCUACAUGGAGUGCGUGAGCCGCCACACGGAGCAGCUGCGGCCGUUCGGCGACGUGCCGCGCAAGCUGCGCCUGCAACUCACCCGCGCCUUCAUCGCCGCGCGCACCUUCACCCGAGGCCUGGCCGUCAUGGCCGAGGUGGUGAACAAAGUCUCUACGGUGAGUGCGUCCCCCAGUUGCGUGCGCGCCGCGAUGAAGAUGAUGUACUGCCCGUACUGCUCCGGCCAGGUGGCCCUCAAGCCCUGCCAGAACUACUGCCUGAACGUGCUGCGCGGUUGCCUGGCCAACCAGGCCGACCUGGACUUUGAGUGGAACAACUUCCUGGAUGCCAUGUUGAGUCUGGCUGACCGGCUGGAGGGACCCUUCAACUUUGAGUCGGUGAUGGACCCCAUCGAUGUCAAGAUAUCGGAUGCCAUCAUGAACAUGCAGGAGAACAGCAUGCAGGUGUCUCAGAAGGUGUUCCAGGGCUGUGGGCAGCCCAAACCCAGCAAGGCAUUCCGCGCCAGUCGCUCGAUCAAAGAGACGGGCUUCACUGGACGCUUCCGUCCCUACAGUCCUGAUGCUCGACCCACGACAGCCGCGGGCACCAGCCUGGAUAGACUGGUAACGGAUGUGAAGAAGAAGCUGAAGCACGCCAAGAAGUUCUGGUCCACGCUGCCAGACACUGUUUGUGCCGGGGAGAAGGUUGCCAUCGGUGACGAAUGUUGGAACGGCACGGCCAAGAGCAGGUAUGAGUCUGUGGUUAUGAACAGCGGCCUGGCCAAUCAGAUGGCCAACCCUGACGUGGAGGUGGACAUCAGCAAGCCAGAUGUGGUGAUUCGCCGGCAGAUUGUUGUUCUGAAGGAGAUGACCACCUGGCUGAAGGCAGCUCAUAGUGGGAAUGAUAUCUCAUUUGAAAAUGAGGAGGAGGCGGCCAGUGGUGAGGAGAGUGGCAGUGGCUGUGACACCCCGAACUGUGGUGCCGACACGGACAUCUACUUCUCCACUCCGACCCCGAUCAAGCCCAACUUGAAACCCGUCGUGAAGAGCGACCGGACAAGCGCUGCCCUGGCGGUUCGCGCCAACCUGCUGCUGGCUCUGCUCGGCCUCCUGCUGGUCCUGCUGGAGACGCACUGGAGAUAAAUGCCCCAGUACCGUGGGGGUAAAGGGAGAGAGUGACAGAGAGAAAAAGAGAGAGAAGGAUGGAGAGAGCAGGAAAAAAAAAAACUGUCAGAGGACUUGGAAAGACUGCCUUCCAGACCUCGGUCUGCCUGUUGAUCUGGGGAAGACUCUAAUACUAUAAGUUCACUUUUAAAAGAAAUGGUUUGGUUUUCUUUCUUUUUUUUUUAAACAAGACAUGGACAUUCAAUGCACAUUUUUGGGAUUCUUAACAGAAAAUCACCACCCAUCUGUUCUGUUCUAUUAUUUUCUUUCCCCGCCCCUUGAAUAAGGUUUCGUGCCCCACAUCACCAGCAGUGUUUGAACCCUCUGCUCUCAUUUUAAUGUUUUUUUUUUUUUGGUGUAAUUAUAUGGGUAUUUGGAGGGUUUGUAUGUUAGUUGUGUGUGUGUGUGCGUGCGUGCAUAUGUGUGUGUGUGUGUGUGUGUGUGUGUGUGUGUGUGUGUGUGUGUGUGUGUGUGUGUGUAUAUGUGUGGAAGAAUGCAUUUGUAAAUACAUGCAAAAUCUUUGUCUCUGAUAAUUAACCUACCCUUGUACUACAUAUAUAGAUCAAUUAAGCAGCAGUGUAGCAAGUAUUCUGUAAUCAGACAUAGCUUUUAUAACCAGGUGUACGUGUGCCUACGAAUGUGGUGCGUGUGUGUGUGUGUGUAUGUAUGUGUGUGUGUGUGUGUGUGUGUGUAAAUAAUUCUGUACUUGGGUUACCUGCAAACCAUGUUGUGGGGUUAAUCAGAACAUGUCUUUGGCCAAGGUUUGACCACAGACGUUGAUCAUAGAAGAGUAAAAGACAAAAGACUACAGAAGCGUGUGGUGAAGAAGAGGGCCAAGGGGAAAGAAGUAUCUGGUCUCCAGGGCUGGGCUGGUUCAGAAGGAGGGGAUGGUCUGGUCUCCAGGCUGGGCUGGUUCAGAAGGAGGGGAUGGUCUGGUCUCCAGGCUGGGCUGGUUCAGAAGGAGGGGAUGGCACAGAGAAGCACGGGCAGCUCCUGUGCUUUUUCACCCCUUGAUCAUCUGAGUUUGUGUGCUUGAGCUGCACCAUAUCCCUCUGCCUCAGUUGAUCUCAGACACCUCCCCCCCCCCCCCGCCCACAGAAAGCAAAGCUGAAGGCAACCAGUACCACAAUGCUGCCAGCACACUUGGGCACAACGGCACAAUCAGCUGGUCUUUCACACUGUGAGUGGCUCGUGAUGAUGGCCACGUUGGCAAAGAAGUGAUCCUGGCAGUAUUGAGUAGUGUUUGUAUGCUGGCCAUGAACUGACAGGAAGGCAAUCAGGGCCCAGUGUUCAUUCUUUUAAGUUGAGGACUGUGAUGACCCUCUAGGCAUGUGGAGGUGGGUAUAACACAGGGUUUUACGCGGAGGAUGUGUUUUUCUAUUUUGUUAGUAAUUGUUUUAAGGUAUAAAUAUAUAUAUUUAGGUACACCAGCAAGUUUUAUGACUAGUUCCAGUGCGACAGCCAAUGUUGGUAUGGGAGUGGUCAGUGCAAUGUUUUUUUUUUUUUUUUUUUUUUUUUUUUAAAUCAUUUGUCAACAUCACCAUGCAAAGUUACCUCUCACCUUCAAUUUUUUUUAACCAGCAACUAUGUGAAUUAUGUGCACCGCUCAUACCCUGCUGUUGGUUUAAUCUCAAAUUACAUCUGAACUUUCGUAUUUACCCAAAAACAUGUCAUCGGUACGUUUCUCAGCCACUGGAGGUGGAUCCAAAAAAAGGUGUCCUUAGAUACUGUACUUUCCCCCAUAAACAUUUAACCCGAUUGAACCUGAAGUUUUUCAGAAGAACGACCAGUGUUACUUUCUCUCUCAUACUGUUUGUUUCCCAUUUGUCACAAGAAAAUAUUCCACCCUGUGCUUUUGUACAGUAAAUUAUUUAAUUGCAUGUUUCUUGAAAGGCAUUUAUGAACACCUCUUCAAAGAUGUCCGUCAUAGGUAUCUAAAUACAGUAUUCUAAAAGUAUAUUUAUAUCUGUAGAUGGAAUGCCAUUUCUAAUGAUUUCAUAAAGUACCUGAUGGGGUUUGUAUUGGCUUUGUUUUAUAAAACAUCUCAUUCUGUAAAACAGACCAGUGCAUUCUGUUUGGACUCUGUAUGGUGACUGAGAGCUCUGUAGAGGUGAUGUUCGGACUGGGCUGGCCACUGAAAUCCUUGACUGAUUUUCAUUCUAAUCUAUGUGAGAUGCACUUUGCUUUGGCAUUUCACAUUUUAAAAGCAACUGGACAAUAUAACUAGAUGUUCUUUUUAAGCUGCAGGACAGGUCUCUGUGUUCAACAUCAAUGUCAUUU